AUGGGCGCUUCCGAAGCGCGUGUGCUUCGAACGCUUCGAGCGGUCCUGCUGGCCCUUCAUGUGGCCACGGUUCACACGGUGCGUGAGGGGCAUAUACCAGCUGCUGCACACCUCCAGCAGCAUCCAGAGGACGGUCUCCAGUGCUUGCGGGAGGACAACUUGGACCUGGUGGGCAAGCUGGACGCGGACGAGCGCUACAUCCUUCGGGAGGUGAUUCCCACGAGUGAUGACACUUCAGGCGACUUGUACGUCUUCUGCGAGCAGAUCCAGGUCCACUCGUUGAACGCACGGGUUCACCUCAAGCGCGUGGGUGAGGACGAGUUCGAGUUCAAGUUGACGGGGAACAAGCGGCGGCAAGGGCGCCCGGAGCAGGUGGCCAGUGGUGAAGCGUCCUUCAUGAUCCGCGGAUUCGAGAUCUUGACGACCAGCAAGCUCAUCAGCUGGGCGGCCUACCUCACGGCCAACGCCGAUCAGCUCCGAAAAGGACAGUCGGGGAAGAUUUUCUUCAACCUCUCUGGGCGCUUGCGCGCGCGGAAGGUGAAGGGACACUGGGAGACAGAGCUGGUCUCCACGCGGGUGGGCUUCUGGAAGCUGCAGCUUCCUCGACAGAAGGUCAUCGACUUUGCGUUGAACAACUGGAAUCUGGAGAAGAGGAUUUUGGAUGAGCUCUACGGAGUGAUCAAGGAGGCGCUUCCCGUGAACUUCUUGGCCGUCCUGACCUACCUACCCCUGCAAGGCUACAACAACCCACGAGGCGCCAUGCCCGGGGAGUUCCGAGACCAGCGCCGAGGACCACAGGAACAGGAGGACCUGGACAUCAAGGUGACGCUGCACGUGGAUGCGAAGAUGAAGGAGCCCAAUGGGAAGUUGAGCGUGAAGACCCUCUUCCAGUUCAAGAUGCAAGUGGAUCCAGUGCCCCUCUUGGAUGUUUUGGUGCAACACUUCGAUGUGAAGGAGAUGGCCAUGGAGGCCGUGCGGAAGCUCUUAAACUCCCAGGACGUCAUCGAGUCCUGGGCCCUGGGCAGUCCGGAACAAUUCUUGGAGACCUUACGGCAAUACCGCUUCGUCUUGAGCGAUGCCGUGCGGCAGUUGGUGACCAAAGAAGGGGCCAGCAUCGAGGAUUUGAUCCCCUUCUUGCUGGAGGCCGCGGAGCAAAGGGCCAACGACAUCUUAGUGAGUGGUUUGGCCCCCUUGGUGAAGGCUCACAAGGCUGGAGAGCAUGGCCUGUUGAACAACUUCAGCGCGAAUCUGCUGAGCACCGCCAGCUGGCGCGGCGCCACGCGGCUGCUGGAGGCCUCGCUGGAGCCCGGAGAGGCCACGCUCUUCCGGGUGCCGAAGCAUGAUCAUUUAGUGCUGGAGAUGAAUCGAAGUCUGUUGGAGAACUUGGGCCUCCGCGGGCGUUUGCCGGUGCCCGUGAAGGACACGGCCUCCGAGCUGACAAUCGAAGGUGUGACCUUCGACUCCCGCACGCUGCGCGUUCGCCGUGGGCAUGUGACCAAUUGGCGUCACCCGGAGAACGAGAACGGGGAUCGCUCCUGGGAGGUGGAAAGCCUGGAAUUGGCGAACAUGCUCCUGCAACUGCCACAGGCCGCGGUGCGGCGCUUCAACGCCACGCUAGAUCGCAUCCGGGUGAUCUUCCAGGACGAGUUGGUUCAAGUGAAGGGCUUGGACGAUGGCCUCCAGGUGAAGAAGCUGAAGCCUCGCCAGCCGCCCCUCACCGCGCUCGCGCGCCUGCGCAGCGGCGCGCCCGAGCGCGCAGACGGGCAGGUGCCGGUGCGGUGGCAGCGGACCAUCGAGCACGUGGAGAUGGAGCUGUUGGACUUUGUGGACUCGGUCUCCACGACGCUCUUCCUCACCAUCAAGGGCACGGGACAAGGCGGCUUGGAGCUCUCCGUGGAAGGCCCCCUUCACUUCGAGGUGGAGAUGAAGCCCUUUUUGCAGGAGCACUUGGCCAGUCGACCGCGGCAAGACUUCGGAUACAUCUUCUUUCACACCGUUCUCCACCUGCAUGGCACGAGCGACUCCCAAGUGCAUCUCCAUCCAGGCCUCGUCAUCGUGGUGCUGAACUGUGGCUUUCUUCGGGUCAUCCAGUGGCCUUUGCCGCUGGACAAGCUGGAGCGCUUGAACCCCUCCUAUCAGAUCUUGUUGGACCUGUCCGGGCUCCGGAAGCCAAACCCCUUGGAGACGAAGGACGAGAUGCAGUGCCUCCGCCUGCGGCUCGGUGGUGCUGGUGAUGUCGCUUUUUUCAUCCUCUUAGAGCCUGCUGCGGCACGAGACUUCCUGUGUCCAACCCGUGCUGCUCAUCAUCGAAGUCAGUCCCGUGAUCCGCUUUUCCAGGUGUCUAGAUUGUGCGAACGCCUUGUGAAAAGCGGAACGCUGCGGCGCGUUUUCUCGUGUCUACGCCGCGCGGUGCUGGUGCCGGUCCUGGUGGGCACGAAGCUUGGUGACGGGGGCCUGACCGACUCCCAUCCAGCUGCCCGGCGGCGCUUCGGUGAUGCCGCGCAACUCAGGACCUUCGCGAGCUCCAAGUCGUGGGGCUACUUCAAAAAAACUGGUACCUGCUCUGUGGUGGUGAGCCGGAGGCUUCGCCUUUUAGCUCGCGCCAGCUUGGUGUUUCUUCGAGGUCGAUGGGGGCACCAGGCCACAGAUCUCUACGAUGCGCUGCUCGCACAGCACCGCCGCUUCCGCGACGUGCGCGCGCCCGGGUGGGCCUAUGGCAGCCAUGAGGCUUCGGAGGAGCCUUUCGUGCUUCGGCCCGGCGUGCGACAGAUGAACCUCCAGCAGGCGUUGACCAUCAGCUUCAGCUUAGCUGAAACCAACGCCACGACCCACGUGGAACGCGCGGAGCACGCGCGGAGCACGCGGAGGGUCGCUGGCACGGCCGGUGAUGCGAGCGGGGCGAGGGUGGAGGCCCAUUCUCAGGAGGAGGCCACGGAGGCGGCGCGUGCUUCUUCCCUGCGCGCGGCGCGGCUCGCCGCGCGCGCGCCGAGCGAGCCCGAGCCGCCGCACGGAAGCAAGGAGCUGCUGAAGUGCCGCGCCGAGGAGGCGAUGCACCUGCACUGGCCGCCCGAGCACCACCACGCGGCCGUGCUGAAAUUGGCGGUGCCGACCAAGGCGCUGGGCGAUGUCUUCGUCCAAGUGAAGCGCAUGCAGCUCUUGACGGCGGAUCUGCACCUGUUGCUGCUGCGCGAGAGCGACACGAGCUUCAGCCUGGAGGUGGGCGGGCCCAAGGAGAACGGCGCUGGGGGCCUCCGGAUCUACCUACAGGAUGUCGACUUCGCGGCCUCCGACUACCCGACCUCCAGCAUGCUGCUGCGUGCGUUGGGCGCGGUGCACAUUUUGCCGUUCUGGAACAUUUACGAUACCGAUGGCGAAUUGAGAAGCAGUUUGUUGCACAGCGGGGUGGUGAACGCACGCAUCAAGCUCAAGAUGCAUUUCCAUCUCGUCGACGGGCAUUGGCAGAUGAAUGUGGGAGCCCUCUCCGAUGUCAAGGUGGUUUUUGAAGAGGGUGGAGCGGUCCAGCAGCUGCUCAAUGUGCUCAUCGGCACCUUUGACGACGGAGAUCUGGGCGAUUGGAUGAUGCACGAGCUGUGGGACUACUUGGUGAAGUACUUCCCCGAGACCGUGGGACAAGUCUUGACGGAGGUGAGUCAGCACGACGGACCCCUGAAGCAGAAGUUCACGCUUUGGGGCCGUUGCGCCGAGUUCGAUGGGCUCAGCAAGUGCAAGAGGGAUGAGGUCCAGAUGGAGAUCUGGGCCAUCACCCAGGUGGAUGUGGCAGCAGACGCGCUGUUCCCCCAGUACCAGUCCAAGUGCAAGGCCGGCUGUCAGGACACCGUCGCCUUGAGCCUCUUGAAGUCCUACGUGGAUUGCACCGACCAACAGGGCGCGGACGGAGCGGACGCCGAAGGCGGCGCGCUGCUGGACGGAAGCCUCCUGGAGGCCAAGUUGGACGUGAACGUCCACGAGGGCCGCGCCGAGGUCACGGCGGACGGCCGCGCGGCGGCGCCGCAGCGGAUGCUGCGGUGCUUCCUGGGGAAGGCGGUGAGCGACGCGCUGGCGCCGCCCAACCAGACGUCCACGGUGGCUGGGAGCUUUGGCAUGACAGAGCCGGGGGUCUUCAAGAUACAGGAGGUGGAUCUGGAGCGCUUGCGGCUGCCGCUGUCGAGCGUCUUCGGGGAGGAAGCCUUCGAGUUCAGUACCCAUGUGAAGAACGCCGUACUACGGCUGAAUAGCACGACAGGUGUGGUCGAUGCCAUGGAUGGAAGCAUCGAAGUGGACUUGGAUCAGGCCCAGGGUCUCACGCUGAAGCCCUCGACGGAGCCCAAGGUCUCCAUGACCAUCAGCCGCUCCUAUCUCCAAAGCCUCUUCAAAGCCUGGGGUGAAGCCUACCCGCGGCCGCGCAACGUGCGAAGCGGGCCGGAGCACAUGCCCGACGGGGUGGUGCCCUGGCGCUUUCGCAGGCCACGUGUGGAACCCAUCCGACGCUUGGAUGUGGCGACUCUGCUGCAGAAGGCCGAGCUCAAGAGCUCCUUCAAAGUCUUCUCCCGCGGCCAGGAACGCCUCGGCGGGCGCGUGGCGUUGACCUUCGCCGCCACCAUGGAGUUCCCCCAGGAUGUGUGGAGAGCCCUGCUGAACCGACGUACCUAUGACCUCGGCUUCUUGAGCUUGUCGAUGCUGGGACAAUGGGCCGGUGCCAAGCAUGAACCCCUGCAACCGGCGCUGCUGGAGAUCAGCUGCGGCCGCGUCCGGGUCUAUGCGGUGCGAGGCACCAAGGGGCCUUACAAAACGGUGCUCUUCUCGCGGGAUCUCUUUGACAUCUUUCAGGCCUCGGCCGACCAGUUGCCCGUGUUCCCGGACAUUGGCGAGAUGAUCUGCUGGGAGGCCAGUGGUAGCCACUCGGUGCGGAAGCACGGGAGGUCCGCCUUCUGUCCCAAGUCCACCUUCGACUUGAAGAGGCUCCAGGAAGUCUUGUACCUCUCCAUUUCACGCUUCAGCCAUUUGCCUGAAGCAGUGGAACUGGCCGAGGGGGCGGAUGCCAAGGCGGAGGCCAUCUCUGGUUUGAAAGCUGAAGGCAUCAAGCUCUACCGUGACAGCACCUGGUUCCGCCGCUAUGACCCCUUGGAUGACUCCAGCCACUUCCCGGAGCUGCCCGCGUCGCAGCGGCACGUGCAGACCCCGUUGCAGCGCUGGCGAGAGCUCACGGCCGGUGCGUGA